AAAGUGUUUUUUUAUCAGUCAGUCAAUCUAAUUCGUAUUCGCUGGUUGUACUUAUAUUCUAUCCAAGAAAUUUUAUUUUUGGAUUAUUUUGUCUUUAAUAUUUAUUUAAGAUAAUUAAAAGCUUGAACACGUAUCCUAAUCAUAUCACUAUACAACUACAAUGUCGGUGAUAGAGUUUCUGAAAGAUUUACCGUCGUAUGACGAACAUAAUUUUACAUUGUUUAACACGGAUCACGGCAUAAGAAAUUGUUCUAAACGGCCUUCGAUAUAUCUACCUACUAAGGACAUACCUUCUGAACAAAUUAUUGUAACAGAGAAAACAAAUAUAUUGUUAAGAUAUCUUCAUCAACAAUGGGAGAAAAAGAACAAUAAUUCACCAAAGAAACGUGACCAAACGCAUAUUGAACAAAAUGGUGAUGACAACCGACCACGCAAGAGGCCCUGUCUCAACUCCCCAUUAAACUGAAAUCACUGUCAAGCAUCAUCAGUUAGUUUGUGCUUCAGUUAUAGACUCCAUUAUGUGUAUGGUGUUUUUGUAUUAAUGAUUGCAUUCAACAUUUUUAGUUCAAAUUGGACAUUAAUUCUCGAGACACACUGGUUCCACGUCUUUUGGGAAGUGCCAUUUUUUAAGGCUUGAUCUGUUAAAUAUUUUAUAAAUCUCUUGAUCCAAGAAUAAUGUAAUCGGUAACUGUAUGUUACAUUACAGUGUGUUAAAUAAAAUAUUAUUUUUAUCCAUUCCAAGUUAUUUUUAAGUGUUUAAUAAGUGUAUGAUUUAGGAUGUAAGGGAUAGGGUAUUCAAAUCAGAAUCCACUGAUUAUAUACAUACUUUUCUCCAAGGAAUAUAGGUUGAAAUUCAAAUGUGAAAAUUAAUUUUGAAAAGUAAAUGAUUUUUUUCAUACAUUAUUUUAUAUUGGUUUCCUUUACAUGGAGCCUUAUAUGAAAAUUUGAAAUAAUGUUACUUCAAACAGUUGUGCAUUGACUGAUGAGGCUGUCAUAUAUAGCGAACUAUUCCUUUGAGAAAAUGGAGUUUCAUAAAUACCAUUACUGGAUUUCAGAUUGUUAUGACCUUACCAUCACACCUAUUAAUGUACAUAUAAAAACGGAGGUAUAAUUUUACAAUUAUGAAUCUGUCACAAAAGCACCUGAUGGUAUAAAGAUAUUAUAAUACAUAUUUUUUACCCAUAAAUUAAGAAUGUGUUCAGUAAUUUAAGUGCUUACACAAUCGCCACUCAACAGGCUUAUCCUGAAGGAUUGUCUCAUUUGGUGGAAUACUUGACAUGACAUUAUUUAUGAGGACGCUUCUCAUGAGAUCCUGAACAUUAUGCUGCGUAAUAAAAAAAUAAUUUCAGGAAGAUAAUAUCUUCAUUUUUUAAUACAAUAGCACUAGUGUAGUAAAAAGAAAAUACUUCAGAAUAAAAUUGGUCACUUUAUGUUUUAUAUAUUUGGUUUAUAUUUUAUUACCUUUUAUUAUUUAUUACUA